GGAAACAGGUUGCAACUUCCCUUCUGGAUACAAAGCGCCAUCUUAACAAUGCUAAAUAAAGAUGCUCUUAUAAAGCAUUGCAACUAAUAACAACAUCGCUCAACGAAAUGCGCGAACUCCUGGGUUCUGCCCUAGUCGUGGCGCUAGUGCUGGCAUGCACUCGCGUCACGGAUGCGGAUGAAUGCUUGAAUGUCCUACAUCCAGCGAUGACCGCGAGGAUCCAAAAGGACGUGGCGUGGCUGGAUCGGGCGGGCGGCAUAACAGACGCCAUGAUCCGAAACAUAUCGCUGCUUUGCGACAAUGCCAUAAGAUGGCAGUGCAACGUCAAGGCGGUUAGAAUGAUGAUCAAGGACGGGGAGGUUUACCUCAAUAGCUUGCACCCGGACUGGCGUUUAGGGCCACACGAGCUGAUUGGCUUCCUCCUGGAGCUCUACGAGGCCAGCAAGAUGUAUAAGCUACCAGAUGUGGAGUUCGCCUACAAUGGCGAUGACGACGUUAUGACCGCAGUGGAGUGGAAGGACGAAGCGGCGCUCAAGCCGGCCUUCCACGGCGGCCCCUUCCCGCUGCUGACGUGGAGCAAGGGCGACGACAGCAGCGGUAUGCUGGUGCCGUACAGCGGCGCUUUCAGGUGUGCAGACGACAGCUUUGAUGCCAUGUCGACACGCCUGGAGGACUUCCGAAGGGUGCCAUGGUCGGAGCGCAAGCAGGUGACGAGCGGGGGCACGAAUGAGUUCUGCGCGCUGUACUACAACGCCUUGCAGCGCAUGCCGAACGGCCGCGAGCAGCCCUGCCCGCGCAACUACCUGUCGCAGCUGUCGGACAAGAACCUGGAGCUGCUGGACGUGGGCGUGAUGUUGGAGAUGGAGAAGAAGGGUCGCGUGGGGCACGUGCCGCUGACACACCAGAACGUGUACAGGUACCUUGUGUCCACGGACGGCUGGGCCAUCAGCUCCAAGUUUGACAAGUACCUCCUGCUGGGAAGUCUAGUCAUCAAGGCCCGCUCGCCGCGCUACGGCUUCUACUACGACGCCCUGGUGCCGGACCAGCACUUCCUGCCAUGCAUGAACGCCUCGAACGACGACGUACUGGAGCGCAUCAAGUGGGCGAAGGAGCAUGACGCUGAGGCACAGAAGAUGGCGGAGGCGGCCCAGGCGUUCGCGGUGAAGCACCUGCACAGGGGCGCGCGGCUGUGCUACUACCGCACACUGAUGGAGGAGCUGGGCAAGCGGAUGAAGUACACGCCAGACUGCGCCAACCGGCAGCUGUGCAUCCCGCUGGGCCAGUUCCUCAACUUCCUCUCCACCUACCCCAAAACCCGGCACACCUGCCCGUACUCGCAGGUGCUAUCGCAGUACGGCUUCAAUGCGGAGCUGGAGGCAGGCAAGUACACGACCGAGUCCAUCACGGCGCUGCUCAAGCAGGAGAAGUACUGGCCUCGCGACACGGACAUCCCGCCGCUCACUUACCAGCCGUACUUUCCGCGGCGGCUGCGGCGGCGUGGGCUGCAGGCGCGCCGGCGGCAGGCGGCAUGAAGCACCGACGGAAAUGCGGCGGCGGUGCAGGCGGGGGCGCAGGCGGGGGCGCGGAGGGGGCUGCAGGCGAAGGGCUCAAGCAAGUUAGAGGACUGUGCUAAGGGGCGCACCAUCAUAUGAGUGAACCGAAGAUGCUUUGACUGAUCGGGUCAGGUUGGACGUUGGGCCGUUGAGGGCCGGGCGAGGGGGGAAGAGGGCACGGAUUGCCCGAAUGGGGCCUUUGAUCCGGCGUUAAGGCUGGCAGCUGACUUACCUGCGUAGUUCUUGAACAUCAGCACUUAAACUGUUGAUGCUUGAUGUGUGUCGCUAAGCUGCGCAGUCUGGUUCAAACUCGUUUGAAACUUUGGGGCGUGUCCCCAGCAGCCGCUGUAAAGUAGACACGAA